UAUAACCGGUUAGGCAUGUGAUUCAAUUGUCGCCGGAAUUUUGCAGCCUUAAAAUCUUCUUACGUAUGCGUUAAGCAGCCGCUCAGACCGAGUAGCUAAUAAUCCGGACCACGUUAGACAGGCAGUAAGUAAAACCUUUCUGGCAAUGGCAGCCGGUCACGCUUAAUUGUUCAUGAUGGAAAAUUCGACAUUUAACCAGCUGCUGGACGCCAACGUCGCCCAGCUGUACAACGCCGCUAUCCGGCUGCAACCCACUGGCAAUCUGGCAUUAUCCCCCGUGUCUAUUCUGUAUGCCAGCGCGCUGCUCUACGUCGGCUCAUCCGGUUCGACCAAGUCCAACCUGGCCAAGAGCUUCCGUUUUGAUCAGUACUUCCGCAGUGACGUUGAUGCACUACUUACCGCAUUUUCCACUUCCAUGGCCAACCUCACCUCAACGAAAUCUACCGAUCCAAGGGCCAGCUUUAUCAUCAGUCUGGUGAACGCUAUCUUUUUACAGAAAGGUAUGAUCUUCCAGAAACAGUUUCAAGAUAAUCUGGUUUACUACUUGGAAUCCCAAGCCGAGUCCAAAGAUUUCAAAGCGGAUCCGGAAAAAUCCCGCCGGGAAAUCAACAAAUGGGUGGCCGACCGAUCCAACGGACGCAUCCAGGACGUCCUGCCCAUCGGGGCGGUGGUGAACGACAGUAUUGCGGUGCUAGCCAACGCCCUGUACUUCAAAGCCAACUGGGAGCCGGAUCUGCAGUUUGAGCCGUUUCUAACCAAAAAGAAGGAUUUCACUCUUCUGACCGGACAGACGAUCCAGGUGGACACCAUGCACCAGUUUGUCUAUGGGCUUCCUUACGCGGAGGAUGCACAUUUAGAUGUGAAAUAUAUUGAGUAUCCAUACGUUAACAACCAAGGCGCCAUGUUGUUUUUGCUGCCUAACAAAAAAGACGGUCUUCGUGCUUUGGAGAAGAAAUUGACCGCUGGUGUGCUUGGUGAGCUGCAGAAGAAAGUCGUGGAAAAACAGGUUUCGGUUGAUAUUCCCAAGUUCAGAGCGGAAGCGGAUCUUGAUUUAAGCGCCAUGUUACUGCUGAUCGGGGUUAGGGAAGCGUUUGAUAAUAGCACAGCGGAUUUCUCAAAUAUGGCACCAUUCAAAUUCCCAAACAGAUGGCACAUCAGUCAUGCAUUCCAUAAGGCGUUCGUAGAAAUUGAUGAGUACGGGACGGAAGCCGCCGCUGUGACCUUAUUCGUACUGGGAGCAUCAGCCGACCGCGAGCCGCCCAAAUCGUUCGUCGCUGAUCAUCCGUUUAUUUUCGCCAUUCGCCAUAAUCCAACCAACGCCAUUCUUUUUGUUGGUCGCGUCGAAGAAUUUUAGUUGGCUUUCCUGCUGUUCUAGACAAAAUACUUUCGUUAAUACUUCGCUGUGCUACAAAAACUGUGCUACAAAAAACGGGGAUAAUUGCAUUCGACAGGAGUUGUUGAGAAGUGAUUCAUCCGGUGUGGAUAUCAACACACAGACGUUACCCAUAAUAAAAUGUAUGUACAUAUAUCUUAAGCAGUAAUCCGAUACCGAACAAGCGCCGUUCUCUGGUUAGGUAUUAGCUGAUUACGGGGAAGCGUAAAUCGAAAAAAAUAUGUGUAAACAUUUCACGGUUGUUUUCCAGACCCGGACAG